CUUCUCGUUCUCGUUAUUCACUUCGUAUAUCGCUUAUAUCUGGUGAUACAAAUUACCGCCCUAUUCCUUUAAGUGCUAUUAUGAGCUUAAAACCGCGUUACUAUGUUCCUAAUCCCUUCGGUUCUGACGGUCACAUUCGUGACUCAGAAGGUUCCUUCUCCAAGAAAGAAAAAGCCAUUGAGGAUCAAUGGAUUAGAGCCCACGAUUCCGAGAAAAUAAAGAAACUUCGUGAGGAGCUUGCGAAGCAAAAAAAGAAACUUGAAGAACUUGAAGACGAUAUCGAAGAUCUUGAAGAAGAUAUGAACAAAAAACCACAAAAAGAUUAA